GACAAUUUGGGUUUCCCCCACCUCUCCCUUGCCCUUGAAGAAAGCAAGCCCUUGUCUCAUUUGCAUUUGCAUUAAAACCCUGCUCUCUAUAAGCUAAGCAAAGGGGAAGGACUUGAAGCCUAUGGGAUGGCUUUAGGGCUCUGCCCCUUGCUUUUGGCUCUCUCUCUCUCUCUUUCUCAUUCUCUCUCGUGCUUUGAUCUCUGCUUAACAACAGUAACGUCACAGGGACUAUACAGGAGAGUUUUGUUGGAAGUUAGAAAGUUUUGCAGCCUCCAGAGGGCUGUAGCGGCAGUAGCAGAAGCAGCGUCCAAGGAACUCCUGGAAGGGGAAGAGAGAGCGAGAGAGCGACUGACUCAGUCCUGCUGCAGAAAACUGACUCGAGACGACGGAGGCAGACAUGGAACAUCAGCUGCUGUGCUGCGAGGUGGAGACCAUCCGACGAGCCUACCUAGAUGCCAACCUCCUCAAUGACAGGGUGCUGCAGACAAUGCUGAAGGCGGAGGAGACCUGCUCGCCCUCCGUCUCCUACUUCAAGUGCGUGCAGAAAGAAAUCUUGCCAUAUAUGAGGAAAAUAGUUGCCACUUGGAUGUUGGAGGUUUGCGAGGAGCAGAAGUGCGAAGAGGAAGUUUUCCCCUUGGCUAUGAAUUAUUUGGACAGAUUUUUGUCGUUUGAACCCCUCAAGAAGAGCCGAUUGCAAUUGCUCGGAGCUACCUGCAUGUUUGUGGCUUCAAAAAUGAAGGAAACUAUUCCUCUGACCGCAGAAAAACUGUGCAUUUAUACAGAUAACUCCAUUAGACCCGACGAAUUACUGCAAAUGGAGCUGCUUCUGGUGAAUAAGCUGAAAUGGAAUCUGGCUGCAAUGACCCCCCACGAUUUCAUUGAACAUUUCCUUACUAAAAUGCCUCUGGCAGAGGACACCAAGCAGAUCAUCCGUAAACAUGCUCAGACUUUUGUGGCUCUGUGCGCUACAGAUAUUAAAUUUAUUUCAAACCCACCUUCCAUGAUCGCAGCUGGCAGUGUGGUAGCAGCUGUGCAAGGCCUGCAUCUGGGGAACACUAACACUUUCCUCUCCUAUCAAUGCCUCACACAUUUCCUAUCACAAGUUAUCAAAUGUGAUCCGGAUUGUUUACGAGCCUGCCAAGAACAGAUUGAAUCCCUCCUUGAAUCCAGUCUACGUCAGGCACAGCAGCACAACGUAUCUUCAGAAACAAAGACUGUAGAGGAUGAAGCAGACCUUUCCUGCACACCUACUGAUGUGCGAGAUGUGAACAUUUAAGAGGACUUCUAAUGGGUUUGCUUGGCGACAAAAGCAGACAAAGAAAGGGCAUCUGAGAAGGAAUCAGCGUCAGGAUCUCCCCUGCAGAAACCCUUUUCUCCAGGACAUUUUUAUACCAGAAGGGAAAACCAGUCUCGCUAUAUUUUUCCUUGCUCUGUCUCCCUUCCAUCUGUGACUUCAAACAAAAGAAUAAACAAAAACCACCAUACCCCAAAAACUGUCUUAAAACAAAAAAAAAA